AUUCAGUCGUGGUGAUACGAAAGAUUUUGCGGAUCUCAACAAGCUUGCAAAGCGUUUCCUUAAAGGCAGUAAGGGUGCUGCUGGCGGAGAUUCUAAAGCUGCCCUUUCAAAGGCAUAUAUUAUGGAGGUUGUGGAAGAGUUGCGGAAGGGCGAAGAAGGGGAGUGUCCAAUCUGCCUUGAAGCAUUUGAAGAUGCUGUGUUGACUCCAUGUGCUCAUCGCUUAUGUCGGGAAUGUCUCCUUGCCAGCUGGCGGAGUACUACAUCUGGCCUUUGUCCUGUUUGUCGGACUACUGUUAACAAACAAGACCUUAUAACUGCUCCUACUGACUGUCGUUUUCAAGUUGACGUUGAGAAGAAUUGGGUUGAAUCAUCAAAAGUUUCUGCACUUCUUCACGAACUGGAAAAACUUCGAGGUUCUGGUUCUAAAAGUAUUGUCUUUAGCCAAUGGACAGCUUUUUUGGAUCUCCUGCAGAUCCCACUAUCAAGGAACAAAAUAAUAUUUGCUCGUUUGGAUGGAACUUUGAAUCAACAACAAAGAGAAAAAGUGAUCAGUCGGUUUACAGAGGAGAAAGACAUUAUGGUAUUAUUAAUGUCAUUGAAAGCUGGCGGUGUUGGAAUAAACCUUACUGCUGCUUGCAAUGCGUUUCUCUUGGAUCCUUGGUGGAAUCCAGCGGUUGAAGAGCAAGCUGUCAUGCGUAUUCAUCGGAUUGGUCAAACUAAACCUGUAACAAUUAAAAGGUUUAUUGUUAAGGGAACUGUCGAGGAAAGAAUGGAAUCUGUGCAGGCACGGAAGCAAAGGAUGAUAUCUGGUGCACUAACUGAUCAGGAAGUACGAACUGCAAGAAUAGAGGAACUAAAGAUGCUGUUCACGUGAAGCUUAUCUUAUCAGUUUCCGUCCUCUUUUGUUAUGGCUAAUGGAGGGACUCUACUCAAAUAAUAUGGCAGCUGUGAGUUUAUUGCAUUGAUCUGUGCCUUCUAAAUGGAAUAUUGGUGGCAGUAGCGAUGUGUAUUUAUUUGUGGGAUGUAGAUAGGCAUAAUUUGAGGCCUUCGCUCUUCUUCAAAGAGGUACGCUGUUUCAGCCUAAUGCAAUUAUUUUUUGGUGUUCAAUGAUGGAUUUACUAAGUUUAUGAGUUUCAAUAAAGAAAAGCUUUUUUUA